UGUGACUUGUGAGGGAGAGAAUUGAACUGAGAAAGAGGGAAAUCUUCUGAAUCCGAGUAACGAGUUGCAAUGGAUGUGAUAAAGACACAGCAAAUCUCAUCUAGAUCGAUCGAAAAAGUGGUAGUUCACCCGUUGGUGUUGCUCAGUAUCGUCGACAACUACAACAGAGUCGCCAAGGACACUCGCAAGCGCGUCGUCGGCGUCUUGCUCGGUUCCACUUUCAAGGGCACCGUCGAUGUUACCAACAGCUACGCCGUGCCCUUUGAAGAAGAUGAGAAGGAUCCUAGCAUAUGGUUUCUUGACCACAAUUAUCACGAAUCAAUGUUUUCCAUGUUUAAGAGAAUAAAUGCGAAGGAGCAUGUCGUGGGGUGGUAUAGCACUGGUCCAAAACUGCGCGAAAAUGAUCUCGACAUUCAUGGGUUAUUUAAUGAUUAUGUUCCAAAUCCUGUUUUGGUUAUAAUUGAUGUUGAACCUAAGGAGUUGGGAAUUCCAACAAAAGCUUAUUAUGCCGUUGAAGAGGUUAAAGAGAAUGCCACUCAAAAAAGCCAAAAGGUCUUUGUGCAUGUGCCAUCAGAGAUUGCUGCUCAUGAAGUUGAAGAAAUAGGAGUGGAACACUUGCUUAGAGAUGUGAAGGAUACAACCAUUAGCACCCUUGCAACAGAGGUGAGUGCAAAACUCACAGCCUUGAAGGGUUUGGAUGCUAGACUCAAAGAGAUAAGGAGUUACCUUGACCUUGUUAUUGAUGGAAAGCUUCCCUUAAACCACGAGAUCCUGUACCAUCUGCAGGACGUGUUGAACCUGCUACCAAAUCUCAAUGUUGCUGAUCUUGUCAAGGCUUUUGCAGUGAAAACCAAUGAUAUGAUGCUGGUAAUAUACCUGUCGUCUCUCAUUAGAAGUGUAAUUGCACUCCACAACUUGAUUAACAACAAGAUGCUCAACAAAGAACAUGAAAGGGCAGAAGACUCGAAAUCUGAAGUCUGCGUAAGCUUACAGGUGUCGUGAUGAUUGGAGCUCUAAAGGCAAUGUUAUUGAAUACAUAGACCAAGAUUAUUACACCUUCAUCAGUUUCGUCGAUAUUCUUUCGCAUUUCUACUAGGGUUAGAGAAACACAUCUAACAUGGCACAAUGAUCCUUUUACAUUUUUUUUGUGCUUUAUUAAUGCACUUUACCCUUCAAUCCUUUUGCACCUUUUUCCCCUACCGACGGUUAAUAGUGACCGAUAGCCUAGCCAUGGCUAUCAGUAAUCAACCAUUGAAAUUGAUCACUCCCUGCCAUUAAACUCGGCUUGGUUAUUGAUCUGGUUGAAGUACUAGGUCACCAGUUCAAACAGUGGAUCACUGGUUCAACCGCAUGACCCCGUAAGUAUAUAUAAAUCUACAAUUUAUAUUAAAAAAACAUAAAUAUACUUAAAUACUUGUAAAAAAAAUAUAUCAAUUUCAAAUAUUUUAAUAUGAAAAUAAUAAAUUAUUGUCCAACAAAAGAUCAAUCAAACAUAUAAUAUUUGUGAUACUAGUGUUUCAAGUUCAUUAAACGACAUUUUUAAUUAUAAAUUAAAUCAAAAUUUCUUGCAUAUUGCAUAAUCAAGAUAAUAUUAGUGUUGUAGAUACAUAAUCUAUGUAAGUUAAUAAGUAACAAAUCACUCAAAUAUUUCAAAAGAAAACAAACUAUUUGUGUUUGCGAAUAAAAAAAAAGACAUUAAUUUAUGAAAAUCAAUUAGUUUUUUUUUUUAUAGACUGGGCCGGGUCAUCGGGUCGUACUGGGUCACACCGGUUCUGUAAUAUGGUCAGUCCAAUAUGAAAAUCGGAUCGAUUACAUGAUCAGUUUUUGGGUUGACUAGUCCGAUUUUUAUAACAUUGCUCCCUGUUACUUGGCGAUUGUAUUCAUUAACAAAAAUGUUUUGAUCUACCAAACACGAGAAUAUCAUUCUUGGGGCUUUUUGACCCUUAUGCCCCUUAAUUAAUAAUUAAUUACCAAAUUGCCCCCCAUUCAAAACUAUUUCGAAAAUUUACCCUUCCCAACAAACAUAACACCAAUCUGCCCCUGUUUGACCGUUGACCACGAAGCCUACCCGGGUACACCAUUACCUACCCGGGUAAAUUUUGAAACUUUUUAUCUACCCGAGUAUGUAGGGGUGUACCCGGGUAGAGUUCUUGAAUCUGGGAAAAUGUUUGAAUUAUUUACCCGGGUACGGAGCAGUGUACCCGGGUAAACAUCGACGGUAGGGUUUUAAAAUGCCCCAGCAGCCCCAUUUCGAAAACCCACAAAAGGGGUACCCGAGUAGAGCUGCUGGAGGAGUGUCAUCUUGAGCGAUUUCAGGCAUAAUCUUGCACUAAUUCGUCUUGUUUGUGAUCAUCAUUCGCGGACCUUGCAACCUCUCUGCCUUCUACCGAUUGAAAUCGAUCAAAGUUUAAUAGUGUGACACAAUGACCUCUCGACGCGUUUCAAAGCUGCCAGUGACCCAUUCCGAGAGAAGAACCAAGAGUCGUCACGAUGGGUCGUCAUCCUCUCAGCCCCAGGCUGCUUCGAGUCAGGCUCCGGACUUGACGUUCGGAUAUUUGUUUGAGGAUGACAUUCCUUCACACGAGAAGUUCGUGAAGUUUUUCAUGACCCGGAAGAUCUGCGAACCGAAAUCACUGGAUUCGGCAUUCUUCAACCUAGAGCGUUUUGACAUCGUGCCGCUUCUUGAGCAGACACAUUUACUUCACCUGGCGGAGAUGCGGUGCCCAUACUCGGAGGUUAUGGUAAGAGCCUUCUACCAGAACCUUGGCUACUCGCAAGGCGAGCUGACUUCCCGUGUCUGCGGGAUUGAUAUCAUCAUGACUGCUCCUAUCUGGACGGAGCUACUGGGGUUCGAUUUUGAUGGUGUCACAGGAGCAGCACUAUAUGAUGGAGACAGCCAUCAUAUAUUUGGUGAUUAUAACCGGGAGACCAUUGUUACAGAGACUAGGAGGGCAGACGCUGAGCCCGGUCAUUUUGC